GCAUGCACGUGGGGUGUAGCCUACGAAGUCCGUGGGGAACAAAUUGCUGCAUCGCUCCAGUAUCUCAAUGUGCGAGAAGCUGUACUGGGAGGCUAUGACACCAAGCUGGUCAAGUUCCACCCACAGGAGGAAGAUGGAGAAGAACCCAUCCUGGCUCUUGUUUACAUCGCGACGCCCCAGAACCCUUCUUACCUCGGCCCAGCAUCUGAAGAAGACAUUGCAGCUCAAAUCAUUGUCUCGAGUGGUUGUGCUGGUCAUAACAUUGAGUACUUGCUGAGACUGGCGGACUUCAUGCGCUACUUUUGCCCUCAAGCAGAGGAUAAACAUCUCUUCUCCAUUGAAGAGGCUCUUGUUUCCAUCCUUCCAUGGCUAUACUACACAGAAGACCCUCUAGAAGAAACAACAAAUGUUCCUCAGAAGUCUCAGAGUUGAAAAACUUUUCUGCAGGAUCCCAGUAGAAGGGACAAAAGGAAGAAAGCAGUGAGGACAAUCUUAAAACUCUGA